AUGGCACUUAGUUUGCUGCGAGACAAUAUUAUCGGGCUUUGGGUUGUGACUCUACUUUAUGGCGUCCAUCUCGUGGUGUUCACUGGAUCGAUCUGUGUCAUCCUUUCGCGAUGGCGCCAGUCAGCGUUCAGCAAAGGACUCCUCAUAGUCACCGCUCUGUUGUUCCUGUGUGCAACAGCGCAAAUGAUCUGUACUUUGCUGGUGGCUGUCUUUGCUAGGGAUCUCACAGGGCCACUUCCUAUCCGAGUGCAAACAUAUCUCAAACUCCCGGACGGCAAGCCCACGCUUUCGUCAACCCUGACAGCGGAUGCUGUGGCUGCGACGAUGCUGGACCGGAAGAACUUCAAUAACUUGCUGGUCUGCGUAGAAUAUGCGGUGACGAUUGCAAAUGUCCUUGUAACAGAUGGACUUCUGGCAAGCUCUCUUGCACCUUUCACUUGGCUACCGCUGACGAUGAGCAAGAUCUGGCGCUGCUAUAUGGUUUGGGGUAGGCAUCGGUGGAUUGUCGUCCUUCCCAUCCUCCUGCUACUAGUAGGUUCAGGUGUCGGAUUGGACGUCGUGGUCGUGGCCGCGAAGAUGUACUUGAUCCGAAUGCGCGCACCGCUGGCCGCACCUGUUCCUCUUCCGGGAUGGAAUGACCUAGCGAAACAAGUGUGGCCUCUAGCAGGGGCAAGUUAUACGAUAUACUUCGUCAAUAACCUCCUCAUCACAGGCUUGAUAGCGUACCGCAUCUGGUCCUCGGCUCGCCAUAUAAGUAAACAUUUCCGGCAAGGGCACGGGAGGAAGUAUUUCUUCAUCAUGCACCUCUUAAUUGAGUCUGGGUCCCUUUACGCUGCCGCGCUGUUUGUCCUGGCUAUACUAUGUUGGAUCGAAAACCCAUAUUUUGGAUACGUCGAAGAUCUAGCAAAUGGCUUGGCCGGAAUCAUCCCGACCUUGGUCAUCGUGCUGGUGGGUUUGAAUCGCGACAGCGCCCCGGGAACCAGGAACACGGAAUUUCACGACAACACUGGUGUCCUACCUCCUCUCGAGUUUAGUCACCCUGAUCAAGCAGGCGAUCCCGGCCUGCACAUCAAUCUUGGUAGAAUGGCCAGUUCUAAGGGAGAUGCCCCCGAUAUCGGAUGCUCAGAUACUACAGCCACGGUCUAUUCGAGGAACACAGGGAAGUCAGACAUCAUCUGA